CAGCUCCCUGACGUCACACACUAACAGGAAGCGGAGAGCGGCGACAGACCGGAAGAGCUCGGAUCCAGUGACAGAGACCGGGAGACACCGGGAAGCUGAGCGAGCCGGAGCCAUGUCCAACAUGGAGAAGCAUCUCUUCAACUUGAAAUUUGCAGCUAAAGAACUCAACCGAAAUGCCAAAAAAUGUGAAAAAGAAGAAAAGACGGAGAAAGCCAAAAUCAAGAAGGCAAUUCAGAAGGGGAAUACAGAAAUCGCACGGAUCCACGCAGAGAACGCCAUCCGACAGAAGAACCAAGGGAUAAACUUCCUGCGGAUGAGCGCCAGGGUGGACGCGGUAGCAGCGCGAGUACAGACUGCGGUCACUAUGGGCAAGGUGACGAAGUCGAUGGCGGGCGUGGUGAAAUCUAUGGACGCGACACUGAAGAGUAUGAACCUGGAGAAGAUCUCCGCCUUAAUGGACAAGUUUGAGCACCAGUUUGAGACCCUCGAUGUUCAGACGCAACAGAUGGAAGAUUCAAUGAGCAACACAACUACGCUAACUACCCCACAGAACCAAGUGGAUAGCUUAUUACACGAGAUGGCGGAUGAAGCCGGCCUUGACCUGAAUAUGGAAUUACCUCAAGGCCAGACCGGCUCCGUUGGUACCAGUGUGGCGUCUACAGAACAGGACGAGCUGUCGCAGAGACUCUCACGUUUGCGUGAUCAAGUGUAGGAGAUUGUUCUCUUCCAUAAGUGCAUUAACUGCUUUUUACUGUAUAUAUGUGGUAUAUACCUGGAUAUGUCUUUCUCCUGUAUAUGUUUCCAUUCAUAAAUAUUAUUAUAUAUAUACACACACACACGAGGCUUAGUCACUGGCUACGUGGUCAUAGAUCCGUUUCAUCUGCAACCCCCCAUGUGUUACGGUGUAUAAAGGGUUCAGCUCGCACUGGCGCCAUUCCCCAGCAACGCCUCCUAGAUGGAGCCUCUCCCCGCUCUAUGGGGAGUCUGCAGUUGUGCUUUGUUUUUUUAAAUCAUUAUUUUAGUAAUAGUCAAAUGGUUUCAUCCUGGAUUAAUGGUCUAUGCAAAUAUACGUCCCACUUGUUGUGUAACGCUGGGCCUGCAGUAAUACAGAAUCAUGACACCACGCCUGGUGUAAUAGUGUCACAGUGUGUGUGUGUGUGUGUGUGUGCGGUGUGUACUCUGCAGCUACAAGUAAGACGCAGGUCUAUAGAUAAUGUAUGUGAAACGCUGAUGACAGAAGAUCACUAUAAUAGUCUGAAUUUUUGUUCUCCAAGGGGGAGACUUAUCAACGCUUGGAGAGAGAGAAAGUAGCAGCUUCUGUCAUGUUGCACGGCCUGUAACAUGGCAGGAGCUGAUUGGUUGAUGCCUUAACUCUCUCUGCAAGCUUUGAUAAAUCUCCCCCCAAGUCAGUACUGACUCGGUCACCCGGAAUACAUAGUAAUAGUUCUUGCAGCACUUCUGUUGCAUCUCAUAUACUCCAGAUUAUGUAUGAUAUUAUGCGGUGAUGAUGCAGAAAUCUCAGAACAAGUCCAUUGCUGAUGUAUAUUUUGUGGAUGAGGUGAAGAGACUGUAUAUUCUGCUGCGUAUAUUGAGCCCCUCUCCUGCGGGCGGAGGUGCUUGUUAUCUGAACGUGUGGCUUUUGCUGAGAUUAGAUAUCCGCUUUGCUCGUGUAUUUAUGUUCUGCCUCCGUCUCUUGUACAGCCGCACAGUGUACGCUGACUUUUCUACUCUCAGUCUGUGUUGCUUUUAAUAAACUGUUUUUGCUUUUCCUGUCUGUGCACAGUUGAUUGAUGGGAUGUAUGGAAUUGCUGAUCGUUGUGCGCACGCUACGCUCUCGCGUCCAGCCCCCAGCCUGCAUUAUCCCGCACCUUGUAGGCCGAGAUCUGCAGCUGCCUUAGAGUUGUGGCUGUCUGCAAACUCUUAGACCACAUCCGUGGCCGACAGGAGGAGGGUUGCCCCCGGAUUAGCAGGCCAUCACACUGGUAACCACUCUCCCCUCGGCGCUGCUGUGUUCUGCAGCUGGACGCAUUCUCCCUGGACACUCGUCCUAUUAAAGUGCAUACAGUUAAACACUUUCCCCUCUGUUAAACUUCUCCCGGCGGAUGGAUGAGUCUGGAUUAGCGUCUGCUUCAGCGGUUAUUGAUGAUCUGACCCCUGGCUGUGAGAGAUGUUCUAGAGAUCGUUUGCCUGUAGAAAGAAUAAGAGACAAAUGUUUUGUGUCUACGUUGAAAGUCUCCAGUUGUGCGCAGAAGGAGCGCGUUGGGUCUAGAGGAGCGCCGGUCGCAAGCUGCAGCCCUCAGCCGCCAUUGUGCUACUGUGGCAUGAUCCGGCAUGUGUCAUCAGAAUGUGCCAGACGGUUAGAACCACAUAACCCAAACCUCGGAAACAUGGUCUGUGGUGGGGGAGGGACAGGUACUAUAGGGGGCUGCAGGAAGAUGUUUGUGGGGCAGCGGUGAGAGAUCAUUACUGCCCCCUGCAGCUUCGCGCUGUAAGCUUGCAUGCCGCAUUACAUCAGUAUUGGGCGCUGUCUAAACGAGGUCCCUCCUUUAUGGAAGAAAUACCUAGGGCUGUCACCAGUGCAUGUUUUAAAACUUAAUAAAUGUUUUAUUUGAAAUAAAUCAAAGUGUGUAUA